AUUUAAACACGUGUGUGGUUUACGUUCAUUGUGGUCUGCAGCCGUUGUUUUGUAUUUUUGUCGGAUAUUUACAGUCGGUGCCGAUUCUCCUCCGGCGGAGAAACGGCCAGCGCGUCUUCGAGCAGGAAAAAGCGCCAACUUCUCGUUGCGCCGUCUGAAGAGUCACAUUUGAAUGACUGUAUAUUUUUUUGGGGGGGAUAAUAUAAUAUAAUAAACUAGAAGCUGGAAUGAGUCCUCUGGUGGGCGGCGCUGUUUGCUGUCAGUAACGUCAGACGCCGAGGAGAGGGAAAGAUGUCAGGCCUGCUGGCUGAGAACGCUGGAGCGGGCCAGGGGAGUCCCGUGAAGAGAAACAAACUCUCCUUGAAGUUCUUCCACAAGAAGGACACGAAACGAGCCCUGGACUUCAACGAACCGCCGGCAGAAGACGCCAGAGCAGCGGAACCAGAGGAGUCCGAGGCGAGCUGUGAGCAGGUGGUCUAUGGUCCCACGCCGUGUCUGGCCUCACCAGACCCGGUGAUCCCAUGUGAGAAGAAAGACAACCUGGUGCCUUUUGUGGGUCUCAACAACCUUGGCAACACCUGCUACUUAAACAGCAUCCUGCAGGUGCUGUAUUACUGCCCUGGCUUCAGACAGGCUGUAAAGAAGCUGAACGACCUUUCCAAAGGCAGAGAAAGACCGAAGGAGGACACGGAUAAAAACCAAGAGCCGCCGGAGUGUGCGCCAGAGGCUCUGCCGGCUCACAUGGAGCUGCUGGGGAGCUUCAGCAGCCUGAUAGCCUCCGUGGAGCAGCUGCAGUCCAGCUACCUGCUCGACCCCGACGGCUUCAGUGAGGGCGAGCUGGCCACGGCGCCUCGCAAAAUACUUCACACCAUCAGGCAGCUGAACCCCAUGUACGAAGGCUAUCUCCAGCACGACGCUCAGGAGGUGCUGCAGUGCAUCCUGGGAUACAUCCAGGAGGCCUGCGUCACCAUCAGAAAGGAGCAGGAGCUGGAAAGGAAGGACGACGGCUCCUCCGACCCAAGUGUCUCUGGGAAGGAGGCCAAAGCUUCCACGGACGAGGACGGACAAGUCAGCGGGAAGAGGAAGAGCGACACUGAGGUGGGAAAUGCCAAGAAGAAGCCCAAGUCUGCCAAGUCCAAGAAGUCCGAGUGUGCAGAGGAGAACGUCUGUAAAAGCAAACCCUUCACUCGCUCCAAGAGAAAGUCGUCCUGUGCCAUCGCCGUGGAGAGCGCUCAGAGUAAGGACGGAGAGGAGGAGGAGGAGGAGGAGGAGAAGCUGAACAGGGAGGAAGAAGUGAAGGAUGAAAAGGCGUCUGCUAAAGAGACGGGUGGGAAGAGGAAGAUCAAAGCCACGCUAGGCUGGCUGAGGUCGUCGGGGAAGCAGCCGAGUAUCUUUUCCAAGUUCUGCAGCGUCGGGAAGAUCAGCUCCACGGCUCCGAAGCCUGAGAGCAAAGCGGAGCAGGAAAACGAGCCGCCGGAGGAGCCCAGAGAGAGCAGCGCUCAGCAGCCGGCACCUCCGAGGUCCGCUGAAGGAGAAACAGACAAACAUGGAGACGUUCUGGGCUUGAUGGAGAAGUUGUUCCAGGGCCGCCUGGUGCUGAGGACUCGCUGUCUGGAGUGCGAGAGCUUCACUGAGCGGAGAGAGGACUUCCAGGACAUCAGCGUGCCGGUGCUGGACGAGCAGCCCAGCAGCCCCGAGGAGCUCUCUGAAGUCUCUCCAGACCCCAAACCCGAGAUGAAGACUCUGAUGUGGGCCAUCUCUCAGUUCGCCUCCGUGGAGCGCAUCGUCGGCGAGGACAAGUACUUCUGCGAAACCUGCCACCACUACGCGGAGGCCGAGCGGAGCCUGCUGUUCGACAAAACCCCCGAGGUCAUCACCAUCCACCUGAAGCGCUUCUCCACCAGCAGCCUAGAGGCGGACCCGUACGCGGGCCUCUCCAAGGUCAACACCCCCCUGCAGACGCCGCUGACGCUGUCGCUGGCCGACUGGUGCACCGAGGCCGGCGCCGCCACGGGCCAGCGGUACGAGCUGUUCGCCGUGGUCAUGCACAGCGGCGUCACCAUCAGCAGCGGCCACUACACCACCUACGUCCGCAUGGCCGACCUGAAGGACGCCGAGGCCUGGCUGCAGGACACCAAGGACAGGGGGGUGCAGCGGGAGGAGGAGAGCAAAGAGGCGGCACGGGAAGGCGAGACCCCGGCCUCAGACGGCGGCGACAAGGCGUCGGCGGGCCUGAGCACGCGGGGGCAGAGGCGGGCGGGUCUGGCCGCCCCCAAACCGGGGAGCAAAAAGCUGUCGGAGGGCGGCGUGGGACUCCUGGGGGGACAGAGGAGUUCGUCCAGUUGCCAGCUGGGCGGCGCGAGCAAGGCAGGGGGCGGCGGGGCGGCGGAGGGGUCCAAGCGAAGAAAGGUGCUGGGCAGCUCCGGCCAGAACCCGGACGCACCGAGAAAGGAGGCCGAAGAGGCGGCGACGGCGGCGGCGCUUCCCUGCGGGGGGGCGGAGGCUACGGAGCGGCGGGCUCUACGCAGCCUGCUGCCCUACGAGGGGAAGUGGCUGCUGUUCGACGACUCGGAGGUGCGUCUGUUUGAGGAGGAGGACUUCCUGCGAGCCUGCUCCCCCGACACGUGCUCCUCCUCCACGCCGUACCUGCUCUUCUACAAACGGAUGCCUGAGCCCGGACUCUAAGGCCGACGCCACAUUGGACGCACGGAGAUCCGACUGUUGGUGCCAAAAAGACUUUUAUUGCCAUUUUACGAAGCUGUCAAAAGUUUGUUUCCGCCGUAGAAAAAAAAACAGCAACAGGACCAAGGCCAGUUUAACGCACUCUUCAGCAGGGGUUCACUUUCUAUAAACCGUCUGCGUUAAAGUCUCCUUUCUGUCUUUUUUUCCUUUUUUUCGUACACGUCAGGGACGACUAAGCCUUUUUUGUACAGUCCUAGUUGUUUGUAAUCUUGUUUUGACACUGGUUCUCACGCUCGUCUUGCCUUUUUUAUUGUUUUUGUCUCAUCAGAGCAGUAAAAGCACUUCUUAGUGCAGCCAUCGUUUAGAUCCAAGGUUUGAUUUCUUUUUUUCUUUUUUUUAUGUACAGAAACGUGCAUCAUUUUCUUUAACUGUACGCUCAUAUAUAUUUUUUUAAAUCUUGAAAGUAAUCUCCAGUUUUUAUGGGGUUUUAAUGACUUCUUGGGUCUUGAAUCAGUGAAAUGUGGCUGGGAAGACUAAAAUGAGCGCAGCAGCAGCAGCUUUUCACAAUAGAUCCGCUCUCAGCAGAACAAAAAGGAUUCCUCUGUUUGGGAAAACAGGUUUUUAUAUCACAUUUUAAGUGGUUAUAGUAGAUGUCCAGAAUUUUAACUCCUGAUUUAAAUCUAAUUUAUGGUUGUCACAAAGUUCUCCGAUACAUUGAUGGGGGGAAAACCUCCAAGCUUUUUCUUUCUUUUUUUUAAAUUAAGUGCAUGGGGAGGUUUUAUUGGUCCUCAAAGGUUUGCUUCCCGUCUUCAGUGCUGGCUGUGAAUGGCCGGCACAUACUCGACAAGAAGGGAAACGUUUCUUCUUUCUAGAGAAGACUUUAUGUCACAGGAAAUCAAGAGUAAACUCCUUUUAUAGGUGGGGUCCUGCUGCAGUCGUAACCACGCCUACUUAAAAACACGACCAAUCACGGUAUGUCCUGCUAACCCUGCAGCCCUGGGAGAGAACGACGGAUACCUUUUAUAGAGUUAUUACCAACACCUUGAAGGUUUGGGUCCCACCUAAACUACCUCAGUGCACCUUGGGAAACAUUCUGGAGCCCUAUUAGGUUUUUUUCUAAACCUCCGUCAAAAGUUUUCUUUGAUGACCCCUCUGUGUUCUGCUUGAGGGUUUUCUUUCUAACGUCAAAGCAGCAUUCAUAACGUGUGUCAAACUGUAGUCCACAGCAGCUGUGAUUCCUUUUUGGGCUGGACGAGCAAUAAAGUUUUUUACCUUCA